UUGCGUCUUUGAAAAAAACUUAAAUACAUAUUACUUAAUCCGUUCGUAGUUUUUCCUUCUUUAACAUUGUCUGGGAACCACUUGUCAUGCGUCCUGCAGGUUGUUCGUUGGUACUGGAAAAAUACUGCACCUCUGCCCGCAGUGUUUUUGUUAAGUUCUCCUCUAUACUUCGCAUUGCGCACUCUUCUCACGUAUAAUUUAUCGUGUUUAAAAACACUCGCAUGAGCUGGUUUAAUUUUUUAGUGGUAGAUUUGUUAGUCAUACCACCAUCUAUAAUUAUUUUUUUGUUUUUUUCCGCAUAGUUAUACUGAGUUUUAUAAAUUCGAGUGUUAAAUCUUGUUAUUUUUAAUAACUAUAAAUUGCUGUCAAAUAAUUACUGGCCACAUUUAUAAUUAAAAUUAAUUAUUGUAGAUAACUAUGGAAUUUCCACAAGAAGAAAACGUAUCAUUAACAUUUUGCACGACCACUAAGGAAGAAGAAGAGUUCAUUCUAUCUGUAUCACCCAGUUUUUAUGAAGAAGGAUUUGAAGACGACGAAGUGUUUCUGAAUACUUCUCAAAGUAUUGAUAUGGAAGCAUCUGAGAUUCCUCCACGCAUUCGUAGAACUUCUGAUGUUAUUGAUUGUGUUGGUGGACCAAUGUCUCCAGCAUGUAUUAAACGUCAUAGUUUUCCAUCAACAUCUGGUGAACUUGUUUAUUCUGCUACAUCAAAAGCUACAGACAUUAAAGAAGGGAAUCAAUCUAGGCGUUCUGAGUUGACCACAGAAUCUCUUGACCUCGGUUAUAGUAGUCCUGGUGCCCAAUCUUCAAGCAGAUCUUUUAAAGGCUGGUUUCGAUACAGUACCAGUAAUGAUGCUGAUUCUGUUGAUGCUCGACCAACUAAUAGCUUUGUUGAAGAGCAAUCAUCUAAUCCUCAAAAUAGUAGUAACAAAAAUACCAGUCCAGGAUUCAAGAAAUCAAGUGAUGUGCAUAUGCCUGUUACUAGAGAUGCUACAUGUUAUAAUAUGGAUCAUGAAUAUCGAGGUAUAGCUGUUAUCAUUAAUAAUGAUGUUUUUGAAGGACCUGCUCAAAAUUUACCUGAACGAAUUGGUUCAUGGAAAGAUGUUUUAGAAUUGAAAACAAUGUUCUGUCGAUUAGAUUUUAAAGUUGUAAUUUGGAAUAAUUUGAUACUUGAAGAAUUGAAUUAUCGUUUAAACAAAUUAUCUAAUGAUGAUCAUUCUGAUAAUGAUUGCCUUGCCUUGGUCGUGUUGACUCAUGGAAUUAAUUCUUCAUAUAUAUAUGCUAAAGACAAUCCAUAUCCAGUAGAAUCUUUAUGGAAUUCAUUCACACCUGAUAAAUGUACAACUCUGGCUGGAAAACCCAAAAUGUUUUUUGUACAAGCAUGUCGUGGAGAAAAGCUCGAUGCUGGUAUUAAAUUGAGUAGAGAAUCACAAACUGAAGUUGAUUCUUUAACUGCCGCAUACAAAAUUCCUAUUCAUGCAGAUUUCUUAAUUGCUUUCAGUACUUAUGAUGGUUAUUAUUCAUUCAGGCAUCCUGAAAAUGGAACAUGGUUUAUUCAGAGUUUAUGUAUUGAAAUGAAUAAACAUGAUCAUAGAACCAUUGAUUUAUUAGGAAUAAUGACUCGUGUUUCUAGAAGAGUGGCUAUCGAUCAUGAAUCUUUCAAUCCAGAAUACCCAUGGUUACAUCAACAAAAACAAAUACCUACUAUUCAUUCAAUGCUCAUUAGAGAUGUAUUUUUUAAACCUAAGAAGAAACCUCCACCUGAACCAGAAGUUAUUUUAUAAAUUGCAUUGUCAGUGCCUAAAAUCUGUAUUCAAAGUCAAAGCCAUCAAUAAACAACUGGACAUCAAAUUUUCAGCAAUCAAAUAAGGCAUACAAAAAUUAAUUUUUCGUAUAAGGUAGAAAGAAGCCAUAAGUAUUUUAAAUAUCAGUUAAAUGAUUUAGGAUUCUAAAUUUUGUGAUAAUAAAUGUCUUUUAAGACUGAAAUGAGAAAUUAUUUUUGAAAGAAAAUUUUUUUUUUUAAAUUGGGCAUCAUAAUUUUUGGCGUUAUUUGUUUCUAAAAUGAUUGUUCACUGAUUAGUGAAUUUUUUCUUCAUUUAAGCUUUAAAAUAUAAUUAUAUAUUAUUUACAAACUUUUCAUCUGUCCAAUAA